UGCGAAAGCUUUUUUAUUCCUCCUCUCUUCUUCCGUAGCUAUAAAUCCAUCAAAAUGGUCUCAUAAUUCUCUCUCUCUCUCUCUCCCUCUCUCUACCUUUUCACUUUCGAAGAUUCCUCUUCUCGCCCAAAAACCAAAAUCUUUUUUUUUUUGUUUUUGUUUUACUGAUUGGAUUGUGGAAUUCAAUUCAAAGCAUAACAUACGCGAAAAAAAUGUUGGAACUUUGAUCCUCGUUUCGAUUGUGACUGAGAUAAACGAGAGAGAGAGAGAGAAACCUUUGCUUUUGAUUUUUCAAUAAUCAAUCAUAAUUUCGUUCUGGGUUAUAAAGAAGAGAAAAAAUUAUAUCUUUACUCGGUUUUGUGAGAGAGAGAAGUUGUAAAGUUUGUGUUUUUUUUUUCUGGGUUUUUGAUUGUGAGAGACCCAGAAGAAGAACACAGAGGUGGUAGAGAGGAGGAGACGGGAAGAGGACGAUAUCACUGUUACUCUCUCCCCGGUUAUAAAAAUCUCUCCUUUUUGUUUUCUUCGUCAGUGUUGAAUUUGGAUCCGGGUCGGGUGGGUUUUCGGUUUCGGUGUUCGGAUCAGAGCACAGUUGGAUGUUAGCGGCGGAACUGACGGUUUCCGUUUGCGGCUGCGGCGGCUGUGACGGUGUUUCUGGGUCAUCUUCUUCAAUCAAUCAGGAGUUUCAUCACAUUUUGAUCAGAGACUCGGACAAAAUCUUUUAUCCUAAAUGGCUGGUUUUGAUAAAAAUAUUGCUGUAAUGGGAGAAUGGGUGCCUCGUAGUCGUAGUCCUAGUCCCGGGGAGCUUUUAUCUUCGGCCAUUGGAGAAGGGAAGGGCACGAAACGUGUUCUUGAAAGAGAGUUAUCUUUGAAUCAUGGGCAAGUUACUGGUGUAGAAGUAGACACUACUGGUAAUCAUAACAAGGAUUCUUCACAAACUAAUGUUUCUCGAGGUUGUCUCAGCGAAAGAAUUGCCGCUAGAGCUGGUUUCAAUGCUCCACGGUUAAACACCGAGAAUAUCCGCUCUAACACCAACUUCUCCAUUGACUCUAGUCCUUGCUUAACCAUCUCUUCUCCUGGCCUUAGCCCUGCAACACUCUUGGAAUCUCCCGUUUUCCUUUCUAAUCCAAUGGCUCAACCGUCUCCAACUACUGGGAAAUUUCCAUUUCUUCCUGGUUUUAAUAGUAAUGCAUUGUCUUCUGAUAAGGCGAAAGACGAGUUCUUUGAUGACAUUGGAGCAUCAUUCACGUUCCAGUCUGUUUCAAGAUCAUCUUCCUCUUUCUUCCAAGGCACAACAGAGAUGAUGUCAGCUGAGUAUGGUAAUUACAACAACAGAUCUUCUCAUCAACCCGCAGACGAGGAUGUAAAACCUGGUUCUCAAAACAUAGAAAGCUCUAAUCUUUACGGCAUCGAAACUGAUCCAAGUGGCCAGAACAAGACAUCUGAUGCCACAACAAACACCGGUCUUGAAACUGUUGAUCAUCAAGAGGAAGAAGAAGAUCAAAGACGUGGUGAUUCAAUGGUUGGUGGUGCGCCAGCAGAGGAUGGUUAUAACUGGAGGAAAUAUGGACAAAAGCUAGUCAAAGGAAGUGAGUAUCCGCGAAGCUAUUACAAGUGCACAAACCCCAACUGUCAGGUGAAGAAGAAAGUUGAGAGAUCAAGGGAAGGUCACAUUACAGAGAUAAUAUACAAAGGAGCUCAUAAUCACUCUAAACCUCUACCUAAUCGCCGCUCAGGGAUGCAAACAGAUGGAACUGAACAAGUUGAACAACAGCAGCAGCAACAACAACAACAGAGAGAUUCCGCUGGAACGUGGGUUAGUUGUAAUAACGCUCAACAACAAGGUGGAAGCAACGUGAACAAUGUCGAAGAGAGAUCAACAAGAUUCGAAUACGGAAACCAAUCUGGAGUGAUUCAAGCACAAACGGGAGGUCAGUAUGACUCAGGCGAGGCUGUGGUUGUGGUUGAUACUUCAUCAACAUUCUCUAACGAUGAAGAUGAAGAUGAUCGAGGAACACACGGAAGUGUCUCUUUGGGUUGUGAUGGAGGAGCAGGAGGAGGAGGAGGAGGUGGGGGAGGAGAAGGAGAAGAAUCUGAAUCGAAAAGAAGGAAACUAGAAGCUUAUGCAGCAGAGAUGAGUGGAGCAACAAGAGCCAUACGUGAGCCAAGAGUUGUUGUGCAGACAACGAGUGAUGUUGACAUUCUUGAUGAUGGUUAUCGCUGGCGAAAGUAUGGUCAGAAAGUGGUCAAAGGCAAUCCAAAUCCCAGGAGUUAUUACAAAUGCACAGCUCCUGGAUGUACAGUGAGGAAACAUGUAGAGAGAGCUUCCCAUGACCUCAAAUCCGUUAUAACCACUUACGAAGGCAAACACAACCACGAUGUCCCGGCCGCACGCAACAGCAGCCACGGAGGCGGUGGCGGUAGCAGCGGCGGUUCAGCGGCUGCUUCUCACCAUUACAACAACGUUCAUCACUCAGAGCAGUCACGUGGUAGAUUCGACAGACAAGUCACGACGACUCAUCAUCAAUCUCCUUAUGGCCGUCCCUUCACCUUUCAGCCACACUUGGGUCCUCCUUCAGGUUACGCGUUCGGUUUAGGACAAAACGGUUUGGCUAAUCUUUCAAUGCCUGGUUUAGCGUUUGGUCAAGGGAAAAUGCCCGGUUUGCCUCACCAGUAUCUGACACAACAACCGGUUGGGAUGAAUGAAGCGAUGAUGCAGAGAGGGAUGGAGCCAAAGGCUGAACCGGUUUCUGAUUCGGGUCAAUCGGUAUAUAACCAGAUCAUGAGUAGAUUACCGCAGAUUUGAAUUUUUACUCUUCUGCAUUUGGUCUGUCCUUAUAACUUUUUAAGUCUUCUUCUUCUUCUUCUUCUUCUUCUUCUUCUUCUUCUUCUUCUUCUUCUUCUCCUUCUGCUUCUUCUUCUUCUUCUUUAAUUUGUAUUGGUUUAAAACUUUGGGGAAAGGUAAAGGCUGUUCUUAUUUUGCAUUCCA